UGAGCGCAGCCGCAGAAAGUGCGCAGUGCCGGUCCAUCUCUCGGUGCUGCUGACCUCUCCUAGUCCGGUUCUGGAUAUGGGACGUGUUUUCUCGUAGUCCGGCCUUGAUUUAACACGGUGUCGGACAUUAGUGCAGCGGACGCAGCGGUGAUCGUAACAGAGCAUGUCCACCAUGGUUUACCCACAUGAGGAGAGACUAGAGAAGCUGACGCAGGAGGAGAUCAUCUCCAGCACUAAACUGGUGAUUCAGGGUCUGGAAGCUCUCAAGAGCGAGCACAACUCCAUCCUGCAGAGUCUGGUGGAGACCAUCCAGUGCUUAAAGAAAGAUGAGGAGGCCAGUUCGGUUCAUGAGAAGUCCAACCUGCUGCGCAAGUCUGUGGAGAUGAUUGAGCUGGGCCUGGGUGAAGCGCAGGUGAUGAUGGCCCUGUCCAGCCACCUGAACGCAGUGGAGUCAGAGAAGCAGAAGCUGCGCGCUCAGGUGCGACGGCUCUGUCAGGAGAACCAGUGGCUGAGGGACGAGCUGGCCAACACCCAGCAGAAGCUCCAGAAGAGCGAACAGAGCGUCGCACAGCUGGAGGAGGAGAAGAAACAUCUGGAGUUCAUGAACCAGCUCAAGAAAUAUGAUGAUGGCAUCUCACCAGAGGAAGAGAAAAAUGGUGAGACUCCCAGAGAUGCCCUGGAUGAUUUGUUUCCCAAUGAUGAAGAUGACCAGAUCCCACACCGGCACAACAGUGCGCUCGCUGCCGCUCAACAGGGUGGGUAUGAGAUCCCAGCCCGCCUCAGGACCCUCCAUAACCUGGUGAUCCAGUACGCCGCUCAGGGCCGCUACGAGGUGGCCGUGCCUCUCUGCAAACAGGCUCUGGAGGACCUGGAGAAAACCUCUGGACACGACCAUCCCGAUGUAGCCACCAUGCUCAACAUCCUGGCUCUGGUCUACAGGGACCAGAAUAAAUACAAGGAAGCUGCUCAUCUCCUUAAUGAUGCCCUGUCAAUCAGAGAAAAGACCCUGGGCAAUGACCACCCAGCUGUGGCGGCCACCCUCAACAACCUGGCGGUCCUGUACGGAAAGAGAGGAAAAUACAAGGAAGCAGAACCGCUGUGCAAGAGAGCCUUGGAGAUCAGAGAGAAGGUGUUGGGGCGGGAUCACCCAGACGUGGCCAAGCAGCUGAAUAAUCUGGCUCUGCUCUGCCAGAAUCAGGGGAAGUAUGAGGAGGUGGAGUAUUAUUACUGCAGGGCUCUGGAUAUCUACGAGAAAAAACUGGGACCUGACGACCCGAAUGUUGCCAAGACCAAAAACAACCUGGCUUCAUGCUAUCUGAAACAGGGCAAGUACAAGGAAGCUGAGAUCCUCUACAAAGAGAUCCUGACGCGCGCCCACGAGAAAGAGUUUGGAUCUGUAGAUGCUGAAAAUAAACCCAUCUGGAUGCAUGCUGAGGAAAGACAAGAGAGCAAAGGAAAGUUGGCAGAUGGGAAUCAUUAUGGGGAAUACGGCGGCUGGUACAAAGCCUGCAAGGUGAACAGCCCCACCGUAAACACCACACUGAGGAACCUGGGCGCUCUGUACCGUAAGCAGGGGAAAACAGAGGCGGCCGAGACCCUGGAGGAGUGUGCCAUGAGGUCCCGCAGACAGGGAGCGGCAGUGGAUCCUCAGAGAGAUGGAGAGAGGCGGAGGAGCACUGCAUCCAUCUCCAGCGUGAAGUACGACUGCAGCAAUGAUACCGGGGAAGAGGGCAGUGUGGAGUGGAAUGGGGACGGAUCUCUCAGGAGAAGCGGCUCUUUCGGGAAACUCAGGGAAGUCCUGCGCAGAAGCAGCGAGAUGCUGGUGAAGAAAAUCCAGGGAACCAUGCCACCAGAACCUCGCAACACAAACAUGAAGAGAGCCGCGUCCCUCGGUUAUCUGAACAGUAAUGGAGAUGAGGACUACUCUUUUCAGGGUUCGGGAGCAGCGAGGACGUUGAGAAACAGCAGGCCUCUGAGCUCAAGCACAGUGGAGCUGUACAAAAGCACAGACCAAUGAAAAUGCAUCCAUGUUCUGACUCAUUUCUCACUAGAUUUGUAGGAGGCUGUGGUUAAUGUGCUUUUAAUCAUGAACACUUUUGGCUUUUCGUCUGAGUUUACACAUAUAAAUCAUGCAUGGUUAUUUUUCGUCAAGGAAUAGUUCAUCCAGAAAUGAAAACUCGUCUUUUAAUCAUUCUCAUGUAGACCACAAAAGACAAAUUUAACUAACAGCUCUUUUUCCGUUAAAUAAAAAGUGAAUGGAAAUGGGUGCCGUCAAACUCCAAAAACAACAAAAAGCUCCAUAAAACUAACCUACUUGUGCACUAAAUUCUUCCUGUCAUACUGUACAGACCAAAAUAUGGAAGCUUGUUUCCACCAGUAGAUAAAAAAAAAGGGCUACUUGCAACUGUCUUCUUGCAAAUCAGAGUUUAUAUCUCACAAUUCUGAGAAUAAAAAGUCAGAAAUGUAAGAUAAAAAAAUUCAUAAUUACCCAUGGCGGGAAAAAAACAAACAAAAAAACUCUGAACUGCAAGAUGUAAAUAUGCAGCUUUUGCGACUUUUUUUCUCACAAAUCUUAGGUUAUAUCUCACAAUGAUGAGAAAAAAAGUCAGAAUUGCAAGAUGUAAAUUCAGAAUUCCAAGAAAAAAAAUUCAGAAUUUUGAGAAAAAAAAUUAUGCAUGGCGGGAAAAACCCCUCUGAAAUUUAAGAUGUAGCCUAAACGUGCAGGUUUUGCAACUUUUGUAAAUUCAGAAUUGUGAGAAAAGUCAGAGUUGAGAGAUAAAAUUCGCCAUUAAAAGAAAAUUUAAAAUUCCAAGAAAAAAGCCAGAAUUUCGAGAUAAAAAGUUGCAAUUAACCUUGGCAAAAAAAAACUAAACAGAAUUGUGAGAUGUAAAUUCAGAAUUCCGAGAAAGAAUGAGAGAUAUACACUCUAUUACAAGACAAAAAGUUGUUGUGAAUUAUAUAUAGUUUGCAAUUUUGAGAAAAAGUCAGAAUUAUGAGAUAUAAACCUAAAAUAUUAAUACAAAAUUUUAAGAUUUUCGUGACAGACACAAGCUUACAUACCAAAAUGUAUGUUUUUACUAAGGGUGAAGAAAUGAAUUGCUGUGUGGAAGAAGACUUUUAUGGUGCCUUUUUGACAGCCCUGUUCACCAUAUGCUUUCAUUGUAUGUAAAAGAGCAGCUUGGACAUUUUGCUAAACAUCUGCAUUUGCAAAUAAAGUCACACAAGUUUAGAAAAACGGAUAGGGGUGGGUUAUAUGACCAAAAUCUUUUUAUUUAACAAUAACUCUAUAUAUCACAGUGCAGUUCUUUUUGUUGCUUAUUUUAUGUUUGUUAUUAAAAAUAAGAACCAAGAAGUGCAUAUAAAUAUAAUAAAACAAACAUGCAUGAAAUGAACAUUUAAGUCUUUCAGGUAGCAUUCAGGUACAAUAAAUGAUGUAAAUGAUGACAAUUUGAAUUUUUGGGUGAACUAAUCAUUUAAAACUAUUUUAACCUUUCUUAAAACCGAUAGCAACUGCCUUAACAUUACUUUUUGAAACCUAAUAUGGCACAACUACAAUAUUUUAUAUGCUGAAAACACUGGAAUGUGAUGGCUGCUGUGGGAGGCUUUGUGUGUAGUACAGAUCUGAAUUAUGUAAUGAGUGAUUUUAACCCCAGUGGGAAAGACCAGAAAUCCACCUGGCUCAUUCUCUCAGGUAUUAAAUAUCCUUUUGACACAUAUUUAGCAGUGAAAUUUGACCUCCGGUGACAAAAACCCACAAGAAACCCGGUGCACGAGCAUUGUUCACUCAGAGCUCAAGAGAGGUGUUGUGUUGCUCAUGACCUGAUUCAUCAGCCAUGCACGGCAGUCGUUUUAUUCCAGUCGCUCCUUCAUUAUGUGAUGAAUAUGUCCUAAUUUAUAGGUUCUGCCCCCAUGUGUUUCUGUAACUUUGUGUGAUGUAUUUAUUUACUCUGUUCAAGUUUUAAAGCAACCAUAUUGUCAUUUUUUUCAUUGCUAAUUAAAAUUUGGAAUAUAUAUGUAAUCUGUAAAUAUGGAAUUUGAAUAUAUGGAAAUUACGUUUAUCAGUUUGAUAUUUGUACAACACGAACCAAGCUUUACAGUCCACAUGUGUUAUUGAGCAGCCUGUUUCAUUAGUAAAGAGGAGUUGAUUUAUAUAGAAAAAUCUAGUUCUCCUAAGGUCUGUGGUUUCUAAUCAUUUCAUGCUCCAGUGUCCAUGGACUUCUCAGGCUCCUGCUGGUUAGACUUGUUUGUCUAAGUAUCCAAGUAUGUUUUGAAAGCACUUUUUUGAGAGUCAUUUGCUGGGCAAAAACUAGAUGCUUGAAUGAACUUUCACUGUCUGAUUUGGCUUGAUUGAAAUAAAAACUUUUAGUGAAAUCA